AAUGACCUCACUGGGUGUGGUAACAGUAUAAAUACAACCUCAAACAGCUAGUCUGUGUGAUUUUAGUUGUGAAUUUUUCCAUUCCUGGAAGGGUGUUUUAAAUCUUUGUAAGGAUUAAAUAAGCAGUUGGACCAGAUAAAAUGGCAUCUAAUCUUGUCAGGAUGUUGCUGCAGCAAGCAAUGCAAUCUCCUCUCCCUUCCCCCAGUGGACCAACAGUUACUCCAUUUCCUAACUUUGAUGCAAGUGCUGAUGCUGCUGCAUUAAAUAAUGCACUCCAGGCAAAAGGUGUGGAUGAAGAAACAAUUAUAAACAUUCUGACAUCCCGCAGCAACUGGCAGCGUCAACAAAUAGCCUCUGAAUAUCAACAAAGUGUAGGAAAGCAACUGAAAGAUGUCUUGAAGAGCAAACUGUCCAGUAAACUGGAGACUGUAGCCCUUGGCCUGAUGAGAACUCCUGCCCAAUUUGAUGCAGAUCAGCUGCAUGAUGCUAUUAAGGGUCUUGGUACUGAUGAAGACUGUCUGGUAGAGAUACUGGUAUCCAGGAGCAACAAAGAGAUCAAGGAUAUCAUUAAAGCGUACAAAGAAGAAUUCAAGAGUGACUUGGAGGAAAAGAUCAAGGGUGAUACAUCAGGGGAUUUCCAAAAAGCUUUAAUUGCUCUACUUAAGGCAUCUAGAGAUGAAAGUUGUACAGUGGAUCAUGAUCUUGCUGAUGAUGAUGCAAGGGCUUUGUAUGAAGCUGGUGAAAAAAGGAAAGGGACUGAUGUUGACACCUUCAUUAAAAUUCUUAUGAGCCGAAAUGCUGCGCACAUGCGAACAGUGUUUGAGCGAUACACAAAGUAUAGUAGGCAUGAGGUUGACAAAGCCUUGGAUCUUGAACUGAAAGGGGACAUAGAAAAUGCCCUCUCAUCUCUGGUGCGAUGCAUUGGAAACAAACCAGACUACUUUGCUGAAAAGCUGUAUAAUUCCAUGAAGGGCCAUGGUACAAGAGAUAAAGUAUUGAUCAGAAUUAUGAUUUCCCGCUCUGAAGUGGAUAUGAAGGACAUCAAAGUGGCAUACAAGGCUAAAUACGGAACAACACUUUACAAAGCUAUCAAGAAUGACACCAAGGCAGACUAUGAGAAAAUCCUGCUGGCUCUAUGUGGAAGUGAUGAGUGAUUUUGGUGUGUGCUGACCAAAUGUCUGUGGAUACUCUUUUGUCAUGUUCAGUAACUGUAAUGAAGCUAACCAUGAUUGGAAAUAUUGACAUAACAUUGAAUACCUUUUUAAUGGUACAAAUAAAAAGUUCUGAAUUAUCUGAAAA